AGGACUGCAUUCGCGCUUACUCUCAAGCAGUCGAUGAGGAAAUGUCUCCUCCUAGUGGUGAUUUCAUAUGAUGGGAUUUUUAAAGAAAAGAUAAAUGCUCUCACUUCUUUUUCAGGGAGUCUAGCCAAAGAAAGGACACAGACAUUACAUGAAUUUGUACUGCUUUUUGCUGUAUUUGAUGAAGGAAGAAGUUGGCACUCAGAAACAAAGGACUCCUUGACACAGGCUGUGAAUUCUGCAUCUGCCUGGCCUAAAAUGCACACAGUCAACGGCUAUGUAAACAGGUCUCUGCCAGGUCUGAUUGGGUGCCACAGGAAAUCGGUCUAUUGGCAUGUGAUUGGAAUGGGCACCACCCCCGAAGUGCACUCAAUAUUCCUUGAAGGUCACACAUUUCUUGUGAGGAACCAUCGCCAGGCCUCCUUGGAGAUUUCACCAAUAACUUUCCUUACUGCUCAGACACUCCUGAUGGACCUUGGGCAGUUUCUACUGUUUUGUCAUAUCUCUUCCCACCAACAUGAUGGCAUGGAAGCUUACGUCAAAGUAGAUACCUGCCCGGAGGAAGCCCAGCUACGGAUGAAGAACAAUGAGGACGAGGAAGACUAUGAUGAUCUUGAUGAUUCUGACAUGGACGUGCUCAAGUUUGAUGAUGACAACUCUCCUUCCUUUCUCCAAAUUCGCUCAGUUGCCAAGAAGCAUCCUAAAACUUGGGUACAUUAUAUUGCUGCUGAAGAGCAGGACUGGGACUAUGCUCCCUCAGUCCUCGCCCCCAGUGACAGCGGUUAUAGAAGUCAGUAUUUGAACAACGGGCCUCAGCGGAUUGGGAGAAAGUACAAAAAAGCCCGAUUUGUGGCGUACACAGACGAGAGCUUUAGGACUCGUGAAGCUGCGCAGGAUGAGUCGGGAAUCCUGGGACCUUUACUUUAUGGGGAAGUUGGAGACACGCUGUUGAUCAUGUUUAAGAAUCAAGCAAGCCGUCCAUACAACAUCUACCCUCAUGGAGUCACUGAUGUCAGUCCUUUGCAUUCAGGGAGAUUGCCAAGAGGUGUAAAACACUUGAAGGAUUUGCCAAUUCUACCGGGAGAAGUAUUCAAGUAUAAAUGGACAGUGACUGUAGAAGAUGGACCAACUAAAUCAGAUCCUCGCUGCCUGACCAGAUAUUACUCUAGUUUCAUUAAUCCAGAGAGGGAUCUAGCUUCAGGACUGAUUGGCCCUCUCCUCAUCUGCUACAAAGAAUCUGUAGAUCAACGAGGAAACCAGAUGAUGUCAGACAAGAGAAAUGUCAUCCUGUUUUCUAUAUUUGAUGAGAAUCAGAGCUGGUAUCUCACAGAGAAUAUGCAGCGCUUCCUCCCCAAUGCAACUGGAGUGCAGCCCCAGGAUCCAGAGUUCCAAGCCUCCAACGUCAUGCACAGCGUCAAUGGCUACAUUUUCGAUGGCUUGCAGUUGUCGGUUUGCUUGCAUGAGGUGGCAUACUGGUACAUUCUAAGUGUUGGAGCGCAGACCGACUUCCUCUCUGUCUUCUUCUCUGGAUAUACAUUCAGACACAAAAUGGUCUAUGAAGACACACUUACCCUAUUCCCAUUCUCAGGAGAAACUGUCUUCAUGUCAAUGGAAAACCCAGGUCUGUGGGUUCUGGGGUGCCACAACUCAGACUUUCGGAACAGAGGCAUGACAGCCUUGCUGAAGGUUUCUAGUUGUGAACGGAACACUGGUGAUUAUUAUGAAGAUACAUAUGAAGAUAUUCCAACCUACUCGCUGAGUAAAAGCAAUGUCAUUGAACCCAGAAGCUUCUCCCAGAAUUCAAGGCACCCUAGCACUAGGCAAAAGCAACUCGAAACUGGCACAAUUCCAGAAAAUGACAUAGAGAAGAUUGGAGAGAGAGCACAGAUGCUUAAAGUACAAAGUGUCUCCUCUAAUGAUUUGUUGAUGCUCUUGGGACAGAGUCCUACUCCACAUGGGUUAUCUUUAUCUGAUCUCCAAGAAGCCACGUAUGAGGCUAUUCCUGAUGAUCAUUCACCUGGAGCAAUAGACAGUAACAAGGGCCCAUCUGAAGUGGCACGCCUCAUGCCAGAGCUCCAACACAGUGGGGACUUAAUAUUUACUCCUGAGCCAGGCCUCCAAUUAAGAUUAAAUGAGAAUUUGGGAACAACUAUAGCAGCAGAGUUGAAGAAAAUUGAUUUAAAAGAUUUUAGUUCAUCAAAUAAUCUAAUGACUUCACCAACAAUUUCAUCAGACAACUUGGCAGCAGGUACUGAAAAGACAGGUUCCUUCGGAACCCCAAAUAUGCCAGUUUACUUUGGUAGUCAAUUAGGCACCACCGUAUUUGGCAAAAAUCUAUCUCCCAUUAUUGGGUCUGAUGUACCUCUGAACUUGAGUGAAAGAAAUAAUGAUUCCAAGUUGUUAGAAGCAGGCUUAAUAAAUAGUCAAGAAAACUCACUGGGAAAAAAUGUAUCAUUAAUGGAGAGUAAUAGGUUAUUUAAAGAGAAAAGAGCUGAUUUACCUGCUUUGUUUACCAAAUAUAAUGCUUUAUUUAAAGUUAAUAUUUCUUUAUUAAAAAACCCCAAGGCAUCCACUAAUUCAGCAAAUAUUGGAAAGACUCACAUUGAUGGUGCAACCUUAUUAACUGAGAAUAAUACAUCAGUCUGGCGAGAUACUAUAUUAGAAAGUGAUACUGAGCUUGAAGAAGUGACAUCUUUGAUUCAUGAUGAAAUGUUUAUGGACAAAAAUACUACAGAGUUGAGGCUAAAUCAUGUGUCAAAUAAAUCUGCUUCCUCAAAAAAUAUGAAAAUGGUCCACCAAAGUAAAGAGGACUCUGUACCACCAGAUGCAGAAAAUCCAGAUAUGUCAUUCUUCAAGAUACUGUUCCUGCCAGAAUCAACAAAUUGGACAAAAAGGACCCAUGAAAAGAACCCCAUGAACUCUGGGCAAGGGCCUGGUCCAAAACAAUUAAUAUCCUUAGGGUCAGAAAAAUCUGUGAAAGAUCGGAAUUUGUUGUCAGAGAAGAAUAAAAUGAUGGUAGGAGAGGAUGAAUUUACAAAGGACACAGGACUCAAAGAGAUGAUUGUUUCAAGCAGGAGGAACAUAUUUCUUACUAACUUGACAAAUGUACAAGAAAAUAAUACACACAAUGAAGGAAAAAAAUAUCAGGAAGAUAUAGAAAGGAAUAAAACAUUAAUCCAAAAGAAUGCAGUUUUGCCUCAGGUGUACACAGUGACUAACACUAAGAAUUUUCUAAAGAGCGUUUUCUUACCGAGCCCUAGGCAAACUGUUGGUUUAGAUAAGGGGGUUUAUAAGCCAAUACUUCAAAACACCAGUUCAUUAAACAAUUCAGCAAACAGAGCAGAGACUCACAUCACCCAUUUCUCAAAAAGAGAGGAGAAAGCAAACUUGGAAGGCUUGAGAAAUCAAACGAAGAAAAUGAUAGGGAAGUACAUAAACAUCACAACGACGUCUCCUAAUUCAAGCCAGCAGAAUGUUAUCAUUCAGCGUGGUAAGCGGACUUUGAAACAAUUCAGACUCCCAGUAGAAGAAAUAGAUCUUGAUAAGGGACUAGUUGUGGAUGAUAGUUCAAUCCAGUGGUCCCAAAACAUGAAAUAUUUGACCCAGGGCACCCUCACGCAGAUAGAAUACAAGAAGGAGGAAAAGGCCAUUACUCAGCCCCCCUUAUCAGAUUGUCCUAUGAGGAGUCAUGGCAUCACUGAGACAAACAGGUCUACAUUACCAGUUGCAAAGCUACCAGCAUUUCCACCUGUUAGACCUACAGAUCUGACCAGGGUCCCAUCCCAAGACAACUCUUCUCAUCUUCUAGCGUCAGACUGUAACUAUAGCUUUAGAGAGAGAAGUUCUGGGGUCCAAGAAAGCAGUCGUUCCUUACAAGGAUCCAAAAGAAAUAACCUUUCUUUAGCCGUCCUAACCUUGGAGAUGUUUAGAGAUCAAAGACAGGUCAGCUCCCUGUGGGCGAGUACCAGAAACACAGUCACAUACAAGAAAUUUGAGGACACUGUUCUGUUGAAACCAGGCUUGCCUGAAGAAUCUGGCCAAGUUGAAUUGCAUCCUAAAGUUCACAUUCAUCAGGAAGAACUUUUCCCUACAGAAAGUAGCAGUGGGUCUCCUGGCCACCUAGAUCGCAUGGAAAAGAUCCUUCUUCAGAACUCACAGAGAGCUCUUAAACAGAAUAAAGCAAAUAGACCUGGAAAAGUGCCCUUUCUGAAAGAGGCAACAGAAAGCUUUGAAAAGACUCCCUCCAAGCUACUGGGUCCUCUUCCUUGGGAUUACCAAUAUGCUACCCAGAUACCAAAAGAAGAGUGGAAAUCCCAAGAGAAGUCACCAAAAAACACAGCUUUAAAGAAAAAGGGCACCAGUUUUUCCCUGAACCCUUGUGAAAGCAAUCAUGCAAUAGCAGCAAUAAAUGAGGGACAAGAUAGGCCCCAAAGAGAAGCCACUUGGGCAAAGCAAGGAGGGACUGAAAGGUUAUGCUCUCAAGACUCACCUGUCUUGAAACGCCAUCAAAGGGAAAUAACCCUUAGUACUUUUCAGUCGGAGCAAGAAGAAAGUGACUAUGAUGAUGUCAUCUCAAUUGAAAUGAGGAGGGAAGAUUUUGACAUUUAUGGUGAAGAUGAAAAUCAGGGUCCCCGCAGCUUUCAAAAGCGAACGCGACACUAUUUUAUUGCUGCAGUGGAGCGGCUGUGGGAUUAUGGCAUGAGUACAUCCCCCCCUAUUCUGAGAAACAGGGCUCAGGGUGGCAGUGUCUCUCAGUUCAAGAAGGUGGUUUUCCAGGAAUUUACUGAUGGCUCCUUUACUCAGCCCUUAUACCGUGGAGAACUAAAUGAACACUUGGGACUCUUGGGGCCAUAUAUAAGAGCAGAAGUUGAAGACAAUAUCAUGGUAACUUUCAAAAAUCAGGCCUCUCGGCCCUACUCCUUCUAUUCUAGCCUUAUUUCUUAUGAGGAAGAUCAGCAACAAGGAACAGAACCUAGAAAAAACUUUGUAAAGCCCAAUGAAACUAAAACUUACCUUUGGAAAGUGCAGCAUCACAUGGCACCCACUAAAGAUGAGUUUGAUUGCAAAGCCUGGGCUUAUUUUUCUGAUGUUGAUCUGGAAAAAGAUGUGCACUCAGGCUUGAUUGGACCCAUUCUGAUCUGCCACACUAACACACUGAACCCUGCUCAUGGGAGACAAGUGACAGUGCAGGAAUUUGCUCUGUUUUUUACUAUCUUUGAUGAGACCAAGAGCUGGUACUUCACUGAAAAUUUGGAAAGGAACUGCAGGGCUCCCUGUAAUAUCCAGAUGGAGGACCCCACUUUUAAAGAGAAUUAUCGCUUCCAUGCAAUCAAUGGCUAUGUGAUGGACACAUUACCUGGCUUAGUAAUGGCUCAGGACCAAAGGAUCAGAUGGUAUCUGCUCAGCAUGGGCAACAAUGAAAAUAUCCAUUCUAUCCAUUUCAGUGGACAUGUGUUCACUGUACGGAAAAAAGAGGAGUAUAAAAUGGCAGUGUACAACCUCUAUCCAGGUAUUUUUGAGACGGUGGAAAUGCUCCCAUCCAAAGCUGGAAUUUGGCGGGUAGAAUGCCUUAUUGGCGAGCACCUACAUGCUGGGAUGAGCACUCUUUUUCUGGUGUACAGCAAGAAGUGUCAGACUCCCCUGGGAAUGGCUUCUGGACGCAUCAAAGAUUUUCAGAUUACAGCUUCAGGACAAUAUGGACAGUGGGCCCCAAAGCUGGCCAGACUUCAUUAUUCUGGACCAAUCAAUGCAUGGAGCACCAAGGAGCCCUUUUCCUGGAUCAAGGUGGAUCUGUUGGCACCAGUGAUUGUUCAUGGCAUCAAGACCCAGGGUGCCCGUCAGAAGUUCUCCAGCCUCUACAUCUCUCAGUUUAUCAUCAUGUAUAGUCUUGAUGGGAAGAAGUGGCAGACUUAUCGAGGAAAUUCCACUGGGACCUUAAUGGUAUGUAAUUAGUCCUUUCAAGUGAAUGCAUGGAU